AUGUUUUUAUACCGCCCCAUUGAAACAAUUCCGUUGGAACAAAGUCAUGUGAGAGACGCGCUGUACGACGCUUUCUGUUAUACAAAUAUAUCAAACGCGUUUUAUCAAGACAAACCAAUUAAAUCACUUUAUGAGCUUCCAAAUAAUGAAGAGGUCAUUACUUUAUGUCCAUCACCAUACGACAGAAACUGCUUGAUAAAAACAAAAGUCAGAAGAGACGAUGAUCAGUUCACAAUACAAUUGGAAGGAUGCAAAUUCACCACAAAAAUUCAAUUAACAGAAAGCGAGGAGGUUCUCCUUGUGACGAAGACUGUCGAAGGAAUCAUCUACAUCACUUUUCGAAGAUUUGUUUUUGUACUUUGGAAUGAGGAGAAGAAAAACGUUGUGUAUGACUUUCCACUCAACACCAUUUUCGAUGUCGGCUACUCAAACGGCUUGUUGGUUGUUACCCCAAAUCCUUUUUAUCAGGCAGAUUUGCCAAAUUCUUUAAACAUCCCAAUGGCACCCAAUGAUUCAGAGUCCGUCGUUACUACAAUUAAGAAAAGAUGUUUGGAAUGUGGGAUCAUUAACCGACCCGACAAAGGACUCUUUUACAGACAAGAUAAGACAAGAGUUGAGAGAAAGAGCGUCAUCGAGUAUGAUACAAACUUGUUCAAAGAAUACUCAAACCCACGAUUCCAGUUCUGUGAGACAUAUCCAGAGGUGUUCGUAGUACCUAAAGAUGCAAGUGAUGAUGUGAUAUUGCAAUGCGCCAACUUUAGAUCAAAGAAAAGACUUCCUAUUUGUAUGUACGAAGAUAAUUUAACACAUACUUCACUCUUCAGAAGUGCACAACCUCUUGUUGCGAACUCAAACUACUAUAUCGGUGUGUUUGUUGAAAGUGCUUCAAAAGAAGACCAGACAUAUCUCAAUUGUAUACGCACUGUUGGGAAGUCGGAAGAAUCAACUUUGGUCAUUUUAGACUGUCGCUCAAGGGUUAAUGCAAACGCAAAUCGAGUGAAUGGGGGUGGGUACGAGAACACAAACACAUACACUAAAACAGAUCUUCAAUUUUUGAAUAUCCCAAAUAUCCACGAAGUGAGAAACACAUUUGCUAACAUGAGAAAUGCACUUCGUGACCGAAAAACAUUAACACCAACACAAUACUUUUCAAAAAUAAGUGGCUGGUUGGAACUUCUUUCUAGUCUUCUAGUCUGUGUGAAAAUGGCUGUUGGCUUGAUCAGGAGUGAAGUGAAUGUGUUGGUCCAUUGUAGUGAUGGGUGGGACAGAACAGCACAAAUGUCUGCACUCACACGUCUUGUUUUAGAAAAGAAGACACGAACAAUCAAAGGCUUUUUCGACUUGAUCUAUCAAGAGUGGAUUUUGGCUGGUCAUAAGUUCAUGACAAGACUUCAUACAAAAACAAGUGAGAAUUCCCCUGUUUUUCUGCAAUUUUUGGAAGUCGUUGUAACUCUUGUCAAACACCGUCCAAGUGCUUUUCAAUUCAACGAAGACUUCUUGAUCAAACUUGCUGCGGAAGCUGUGUGCCCCAAAACAGUGACAUUUCUUUUCGACUGCGAGUACGACAGAUUUCUUGCUUGUAGUAGAGACUAUGAGGAUUUUUUCACUGUUGAGGAGAAGAACUGGGAAGAAAUUGACUGCGAGAAGUUGAAGGACGUUGACUUGGAUAUUAGUUGCAACGAGUUUCAAGUAUGGGAAACCUUCUAUCUGAGGAAGAUAGAUUGUAUUGUAAUUGAACAAGACUAA